GCAUACUUUACAAAACAGCCAUUAGAUAGACAAUAAGGCCACCUAUGAAACUUAUGCGCGACUCGCGAUCGAGGACCUUCAUGGUCACACGAGCGCCUGAUUAAGUUCCGCAUUUGGCGCUGUGGUGGCAGCGCAACGUUCGUCAACGUCGGAGUUACAUUCGCACUUGCGCUUGACCUCCAUCUCCCGCACCUACGCACAGCAUGGCCGGCGGCAGCAGCAGGACGGCCGUCAACCGGCUCAUGAAAGAAUACAAGCAGCUGACUUCCCAAGGAGCACCCGAUGGCAUGUUCACUGCUGGUCCAAUCACCGAGUCAGAUAUAUUCACCUGGGAGGCCCUAAUCAUGGGCCCGAAGGACACGCCGUUCGAGGGCGGUGUUUUCGCCGCCAAGCUCACGUUCCCGCAUGAUUACCCGCUAUCCCCGUUCAAGAUGAAGUUCGAGCCACCCUUGUUUCACCCUAACAUCGCUCACAUGUUGCUCGUGAACAGUAUACCUGAUGGCAACGUUUGCAUCUCGAUAUUGCAUGCUCCGGGGGACGACCCGACUAUGUACGAACAAGCGUCAGAACGUUGGAGCCCAGUGCAGAGUGUGGAAAAGGUCAUAUUAAGUGUUAUCUCCAUGCUCGCAGAACCGAAUCUCGAGAGCGGUGCAAACAUCGACUGCUGCAAACUAUAUCGCGAUAACAAAGCUGAAUACGAGCGUAUCGUCAGGCAAUCUGUCAAAGACCAGCUUGGCCUUUGAAAAGUCAAAUACUCAACAAACAAGUCAACGAAAAGUCACAUCUGCGCGGGGGCGCUCCUUCAGCUGACUUCCCAGACAUGGAUGAAAGGCUCUGUGAAUGUAUCACCGCAACCCAUCAAGGAGAAUUGUCGCAUGCGCCACUGACAUCUUCUGUUCCGAGUCGUGUAUAUCAAUCAUUUAGGUGACU